UUGAUUGGAUAGAGUAAAAAGAAAGGGUGGGAACCUCCGCGAGGGCCGCUCAACGAUUGGCCAAGGGCUGGAGGAGCGUGGUCCUGUGGCGGCCCGGGGGGUGGUCGGCAUCGGCGCACGCGAGGCUUUGAUAGUGGCCGGGCUGCGGUCCUUGUUAAGUGAGCGAGCCCGGGGGAACACUCAUCACUGUGUUGGCAAGACCCAGGAACCCCCAAAUCCCCCAGGAGACGUGGCGGCGACGUGCCGGCCGGUCGGUGAGUGCGGUCCCGGGAGUCCCAGCGCCCCGCCCCUCCCUUUCUUCCGGGGCCGCGCCGCGCCCCCCUGGAUCCUGGGCCGUGGGGGUUCUCUGUGCCAGCGGUCCCCUCUCGCCUGCUGCGCAGGUCCUGCCUCCAAACCCACAGAGGGGGAACUGAGAGGCUCUCAGGACGAUCUUCUCACCAGAGCCUCAUAUAGACCAUGGCCGAACCGCUGAAAGAGGAGGACGGCGAAGAUGGCUCUGGGGAGCCCCCUGGGCGGGUGAAGGCAGAACCCGUCCACACCGCUGCCUCUGUCGUGGCCAAGAACCUGGCCCUGCUCAAAGCCCGCUCCUUCGACGUGACCUUUGACGUGGGGGACGAGUACGAGAUCAUCGAGACCAUAGGCAAUGGGGCCUAUGGGGUGGUGUCCUCGGCGCGCCGCCGCCUCACGGGUGAGCUGGCUUCCUGAGGCUCAGCAUGUGUGGACUGCUUUCCAGAGGCGGCCAGCAGGUGGCCAUCAAGAAGAUACCCAAUGCUUUUGAUGUGGUGACCAAUGCCAAACGGACCCUCAGGGAACUGAAGAUCCUCAAACACUUCAAACACGACAAUAUCAUCGCCAUCAAGGACAUCCUGAGGCCUACUGUGCCCUAUGGAGAAUUCAGAUCUGUCUACGUGGUACUGGACCUCAUGGAAAGCGACCUACACCAGAUCAUCCACUCGUCACAGCCGCUCACACUGGAACAUGUGAGAUACUUCCUGUACCAGCUGCUUCGGGGCCUCAAAUACAUGCACUCUGCUCAGGUCAUCCACCGUGACCUUAAACCCUCCAACCUUCUGGUCAAUGAGAACUGUGAGCUCAAGAUUGGUGACUUUGGAAUGGCCCGUGGCCUGUGUACUUCCCCUGCCGAGCAUCAGUACUUCAUGACUGAGUAUGUGGCUACUCGCUGGUACCGUGCCCCCGAACUCAUGCUCUCCCUGCACGAGUACACACAGGCUAUUGACCUCUGGUCUGUGGGCUGCAUCUUUGGUGAGAUGCUGGCUCGGCGCCAGCUCUUCCCGGGCAAAAACUAUGUGCACCAGUUACAGCUGAUCAUGAUGGUGUUGGGAACUCCAUCCCCAGCAGUGAUUCAGGCUGUGGGGGCUGAGAGGGUGAGAGCUUAUAUCCAGAGCCUGCCGCCAAGGCAGCCUGUGCCUUGGGAGACAGUGUACCCAGGUGCUGACCGCCAGGCCCUUUCGCUGCUGGGACGGAUGUUGCGAUUUGAACCCAGCGCCCGAAUCUCAGCUGCUGCCGCCCUUCGCCACCCCUUCCUGGCUAAGUACCAUGACCCUGAUGAUGAACCCGACUGCGCCCCACCUUUUGACUUUGCUUUUGACCGUGAAGCCCUUACCAGGGAGCGCAUUAAGGAGGCCAUUGUGGCUGAGAUUGAGGACUUCCAUGCACGACGGGAGGGUAUCCGCCAACAAAUCCGCUUCCAGCCUUCUCUGCAGCCUGUGGCUAGUGAGCCUGUGUGUCCAGAUGUUGAGAUGCCCAGUCCCUGGGCUCCAAGUGGAGACUGUGCCAUGGAGUCACCUCCUCCAGCACUACCUCCAUGCUCUGGCCCUGCACCUGACACUGUUGAUCUGACUCUGCAGCCUGCCCCGCCGGCCAGUGAGCUUGCUCCACCAAAAAGAGAGGGUGCCAUCUCCGACAAUACCAAAGCAGCCCUCAAAGCUGCCCUGCUCAAGUCCCUGAGGAGCCGGCUCAGAGAUGGGCCCAGUGCACCCUUGGAGGCGCCCGAACCUCGAAAGCCUGUGACAGCUCAGGAACGCCAGCGAGAGCGAGAAGAGAAGCGCAGGAGGCGACAGGAGAGAGCCAAGGAGCGGGAGAAGCGGCGACAAGAGCGGGAGCGCAAGGAGAGGGGGGCUGGUACCUCGGGGGGCCCCUCUACUGACCCUCUGGCUGGACUGGUACUCAGUGACAAUGACCGAAGCCUGCUAGAGCGGUGGACUCGCAUGGCUAGGCCUCCUGCCCCUGCCCCUGCCCCAGCACCGUCCUCUGCCCAACCCACUAGUCCUCCCACUGGCCCCGUAUCUCAGUCUACUGGUCCUCUACAGCAUGCAGGCUCUAUUUCUGGUCCUGCCUCUCAGCCUGUUUGCCCACCCCCUGGCCCUAUCCCCCAGCCUGCUGGCCCUAUCCCUGCCCCUCUCCAGACUGCCCCUUCCACUAGCCUCUUGGCCUCCCAGUCACUUGUGCCACCUAGUGGGUUGCCUGGUUCUGGUGCCCCAGAAGUUCUGCCUUACUUCCCAUCUGGCCCACCACCUCCAGAUCCUGGGCUCACCCCUCAGCCUUCUACAUCAGAGUCACCUGAUGUCAACCUGGUGACCCAGCAACUGUCCAAGUCUCAGGUGGAGGACCCCCUGCCUCCCGUGUUCUCAGGCACUCCGAAGGGCAGUGGGGCUGGCUACGGCGUUGGCUUUGACCUGGAGGAAUUCUUAAACCAGUCUUUUGAUAUGGGUGUGGCUGAUGGACCACAGGAUGGCCAGGCAGACUCAGCCUCACUCUCAGCCUCCCUCCUUGCUGACUGGCUUGAGGGCCACGGCAUGAACCCUGCUGACAUUGAGUCUCUGCAGCGUGAGAUCCAGAUGGACUCCCCAAUGCUGUUGUCUGACCUGCCUGACCUCCAAGAGCCCUGAAACCCACAGCGUGUGCCUUGCUGCCAGGACAGACCCAGCUUCAAGGUCCAGGGGUGCAAUCCAGAGGGCUGCAGCCUUGGGCCUGGCAGGUGAGGCUCAGCUUGAGUUCCUCUGCAGGUUCCUCUCAGACCCACCUUUCAGCCUUAAGCAGCCACCUGAGCCACCACCGAGCCAUAACCGGACUGGGAGACUCCUCCUCCCUCAGCAGUCUUCUCCAGUAUUGUAUUUUUUAUUAGUAUUGUAAUAUGCGUUUGUUUUGCCAUCAAAAUGAAGCCUGUGAAAUACAAGGCUUCCUUUAA